AUGUUGGGUCGCGCCCGCUUAGUAAAAUCCGGGCGCGCGGGGUGUGCGGCGACGGCUUCCGCGCCGACCAGCUCGGCAUACAGCAGCUCCCGACCAAACCCUCUCUUGGCAAUCUUGCAGCCGCCCCCUCUCUCUCUUUUCUUUUCGCCAUCAAGUCCUCCCACCCCUCUCAGCCGCCCCCUGGCUCGAGCGCUCUGCUCCUCUCGCUCGCUUCUACACACGAGCGCGCGCCGCGCCUGCACCUCGUUGCGGCCGGCCGUUCGUCUCCGGCGCGCCGCCCUGCUCGCUCUCCCCGCCGCCAGGAACGCCUCCACCUUGCUCGUCCCCUUCGCCGAGCGCCUCUGCGCGCCGCCAUCCCUCACGCCCGGCACCCUCCUCCGCUCCUUCGCGCGAGCCCUGCUCCUCCCUGAGCUCGACGCCGUCACGCUCCUGGCCCCGUCCCCUCCUCCCUGGCUCACCUCCCCGCGCCGCCAGGAGCCCCCACGGGUGCGGGCCUCCACCUCUCUGCGCCGUCCCUCGCCGUUUUCCGCCACCACAAGGACGCCCUCGACCUGGCCGCUCCUGCGUGCCUCCGCGCUCUACCGGCGCCCUGCUCCGCCGAGCCCCUGCCUCCCCCUACCGGCGCUGCACCGUUGCCCAUCGAGAGUCCGGGCCAACGCCACCAUGUUCUCCCAGACGCGAGCUCUGCUCCAUCCUGAUGCUGUUGUGGACAUGCUGCCCUUCUCGUCAUCAUGCCCAGUUCUGCAUCGCAAUGGAUAG